GUCGCCCGUAUGCUGAAUAUAAAGUAGGCGCCAACCCCCACGGCAAUUUCGUUACAGAGAGCUCCAUCACUGUUUCAUCCAGAGCCCCGCCAAUAUCUCCAAAAUUCUCCGUGGUCAGGGAAAAGAGUGGUGCUAAGAGAUGGAUGCCCGCGAUCUGCAUACCAUGAUCGCCAAGAUGGCGGUGCCCGUGAUGGCCACGGUGCUGCUGAUCACGGUGUCGACUCUCUCCAUGGCGCCGGACGGGUGUGCCUGCGCCUGCCUCCGCUUGUGCUUCGGCAGCAAAUACUUCCCGAUGAUCUUCGUGCUCUCCCAGAUCCACCUGGGCCGUCUUUUGGCGAGAGAGGCCGUUCUGGCGCGGAGGCUGGCGGCCCGGCGCUACUACGCGGUGGGCGCCGUCGCGUGCUUCGUGGAGGUCGCGCUCAAGCUGUACAUGAUCCUGGUGUUGUGCCCCUAGGCGUGUGGAUGUGCCAGCCCAAGGAUCGAAGAUGGAUAGUUUUGGAGUCUGAAGAUGCGCCGUUUUGUUCAGUUAUUACUACAACUCUGCUAAGUUCUAGUACAAAUUUGGAAGGGGCCUGUCGUAUGGUGUUUUAGUUUCAAUUCAACUUGCCUGUCUGUUCGUCCUUGGGUACUACUGUAGCCUUUUGUUGUUGUCUUGUUCCGUUGGGGUUUAGACUGUCUGUCUUUUGUAGCAGCAGCUUUGGAGUUUAGACUGUCUGUAUGAACUUGGACGGGAUUUGAAUUUGUUUAGCUCAAGCCUUGAAGGUUGAAACGUCUUAUGUGAGCAGCA